AUGGUGCACGUUACUUUGGUCUGUGCGGUCGUCGGCGUACGUGAGGGCGUAUUCUCACUGAAGAUCGACACGAAGGGGUGGGAAGAUCAACUGAAGGAUGCGAUCAAGGCGGCGAAGCCAGCGCUGAUUCCGUGCGAGGCCCGUACCUUGCGGCUCUUUUUGGCGAAGAGGGCUGGCAGUGAUGUCUGGUUGACGAAGGAAGAGGUGCAGCAGGACGGGUUUGACACGAGAGAGCUGCGAUCACUGAGCGAUGCGGCGGUGCCACUGAGCUGGAACGGCUUAUCGGAACAAGAGGUGGGGACGCAGAUCAAGGGGGAAGGAGAAAUAGCUUUCCAUAGUCCUGUCCACGUGCUGGCAGUGCUUCCGUCGGCUUUGUCGAGCAUGUUGAGCGUCCCACUCGAUGUCGGAGGUGUGACGAUUAACGUGACGAAGCACAUGGUAGUCAAUGAUCCACCAUUGAUAGCCUACUGGAAGGCUCUUGCAGCGACGUCUACCGAAGUCGUUGCGGGGACUGUGGUCACGUUGCCGAAAGGAAUAUACCUUCUGGGUGACCCAGCGCUCGGCUCUCACAUCUACGUUCGUCGUUGCUUCCCUGAGCUCUGGAUGAGCUUUUACGGAAGUGACGAGGGUGUGGGCAUCCUUGGCACCUCUGGGAUCGGCAAAACGUAUGUUGGCUACUUUUUCUUGCUGUGUCUUGCUCUUCGUGGGAAAACAGUCGUGUACGAACGUGCUGGAGCCCACGAGUGUAUCUUGUUCUCUGGCAACGUGGCGGUGCGAGGGCCACGGGAGGAUUUCAGCGACGUCCUCCUGAAGCCGGAUACGUGUUAUGUGGUCGAUGACGUUGAGCCAAAGCAUUGCCCAGCAAAGACCAUGUUCGCUUCUUCCUCUCAUCUGCAAGUGCGGGCGUUGUCUUCGAGAUUGGGAUGCAAGAUGCCUAACAUACCGCUCUGGUCGAAGCUCGAGACAUCGCGCUGCCGUGAGCUGAUGUUCUCGAAUACAUCGGUCGCCAUGGUGGAAAUGAAUUACCAUUCGUUUGGUGGGCCUCCACGUUUCAUACCAUUGCAGAAGGCCGUAUGCGGAAGCGCAACACCCGACAGAUCCAGUUGUGAACACGGUAGGGCGUCGAUGGAUUCGCCUGCUAGCAAGCGCCGACGAGGGGAUAUUGAUCCGCUUGCUACUUCAGUAACCUCAAAUGACGGCGAAAAGGGUGAGCAAGUUGUUUUGGACAACGCUACGUUCCGGGAAGAGAAGGCGUUGGUCCAAGAUGAACAAGAGCGGUCGAAGAACGAAACGUCUCAGGAAGAGGAGGCUUCAGUCCAAGAUGAACAAGAUCCAACGACGAGAGAUGCGAUCCAGGAAGAGGAGGUUUUGGUUCCAGAUGAGCAGCGGACGAUCCCAAAGAUCGGAAAAGCUGAAAUGGCGAACGCCCAGCAGCGGACUGAAAAGCUUGAGCGAGUGAAGCGCAUUUAUAAAUGCUGUAGGCUCAUGGAGGAGGCCUUCAUCACCGAAGGGGCAUCAAAUUCUGUUGUGAAGGAAGUGAUCAAGCAGCUCGCUGCCAAGUAUGGCCUUCAGGUCAUUCCUACGUACCUGACGACCGGAGCUCUAAUCUCGACGGGAAGCCGAAGCACGGAGAAGAGCUCUGAUAAUCGGCGUCCUUCGUCCACAAAGCAGAGGGGACAGCAACCUGUGACGGCCGCUUGGCGGACUGAUCCCGUGACGACACAGCUUCUGCGCGAGCGCGAAGAAGUCGUCGGUAAGCUGAAGAGCCUUCCCCGUGAUUCUUCCAAAAUGGACGGCUUGCAAAAGCAGCUUGGUGGCUAUAACUUGCGUAUCAAGGCUCGCAAAAUCGAGGUACGCGCUGCACAAAACAACUGA